AUGGCUCCAAAGGGUCCUAAGGCCUCCACGACUGGGAAAGCAGAUGGUGUGAAAGGAGAGAAUGGAGGAAGUGGUGAAGUGAAGGCUUUUCCAAAGCAGAAAAAAGCAAAGACUGUGAUGUUCAAGCCCACCAAGGAAACAGUAGUUAAAGCCAUUAAAUCUGAGAAGAAGAAGAAGAAGAAGAGAGGUGUAGAGAGUUACAAGAGGUUUAUAUACAAGGUGUUGAAGCAGGUGCAUCCCUCCAAGGGUAUAUCCAGUGCUGCCAUGGAUAUCAUGGAAAGCUUCAUGAUUGACAUCUUUGAGAAGAUAACUUGUGAGGCUGCUUCUCUGCUGAAAUAUAACAAGAUUAUGACACUCUUCUCCAGAGAAGUUGAGUCUGCUGUCAAGUUUGUUCUGCCUGGAGAGCUGGCUAAGCAUGCUGUUUCAGAAGGAAGUAAGGCUGUUACCAAGUUUUCUACUCAUCUGGUUUAGAGGUUUCGUUGCAUGUUUUGAAAUCUUUUUGUACGUGGCUAUAUAUGGCAGGCUUGUUUAGUUUUUAGGAUUGUUUUGGUUUUUAUGUUAGACUGUGUUUAUUUGGAAGUUUUAAAGUAGCUGGUACUGUUAGUGAUAUAUG